UUCUCUCUAUUGAGCAUCCUCUCAAUUAAAAGCAUAUUUUUGGUGCUUCAAAAGCUACCAAUUUCCAUGGAGCCAAUUGCCAUGAAAUGGAGACCCAUCUCCAUUAUUUUGCUGCUUCUUCUCAUGCUUUCCAAGCCUUGUUUUUCAGCAGGAAGGCUUGGGGUUUCAGAUGAUGAAGUUUAUGAGAUCGAUUAUAGAGGUCCGGAGACACACUCUGCAACUCCUCCGCCGGAUAAUUCUCAUCACCACCGGAUUUGGAUUCAUCGGAAACCCGAUACUUUGUUCCCCCACAAAUCCUCCAAGGGCUUAAAGAGUGGUAUUGGAAACAAAGGAAGAAAUGUUAAGAAAAUCCAUGGUUGAUUAUUUG